AAGAAACAAACAAAGAAGGGAUAAGAAGGAGAAGAGUCAAAAGGGAAAUGAGAAAUGGCAAAGCGGGUGUCUUUCUUUUGCUUUUGGGCGGCAGAAAAGAAGCAAAGUCCCUCAAAUUCAUAGUCACUGGCCACAGCUUAACUCCAAGUUUCAAGCAUUUAUCAGUUUUUGUGGUUUACUGCUUUGAAAGUGUACUAUCUACCACAGUCACAUAUGAUCAUAGAGCACUGGUUAUUGAUGGCCAGAGGAGGGUGUUGCAAUCGGGUUCUAUCCAUUAUCCUAGAAGCACCCCAGAGGUGUGGCCGGAACUUAUUAGGAAAUCCAAGGAAGGCGGAUUGGACGUGAUCGAGACUUAUGUUUUCUGGAACUACCAUGAACCAGUUAGAGGACAGUACUACUUUGAAGGCAGGUUUGACCUGGUGAAGUUUGUGAAAACAGUGCAGGAAGCUGGCCUUCUGGUUCACUUGAGGAUUGGGCCAUAUGCUUGUGCCGAAUGGAAUUAUGGUGGAUUCCCUAUUUGGUUACAUUUCAUUCCUGGAAUUCAGUUCCGAACUACAAAUGAUUUGUUCAAGAAUGAAAUGCUGCGUUUUCUCACCAAAAUUGUAGGACUAAUGAAGGAAGAGAAUCUCUUUGCAUCACAAGGAGGGCCAAUCAUUCUUGCUCAGGUUGAAAAUGAAUAUGAGCUUGUUGAAUGGACAUAUGGGGUUGCAGGAGAAUUAUAUGUCAAAUGGGCUGCAGAAACUGCUGUCAGUCUUAAUACAACAGUACCUUGGGUUAUGUGCCGGCAACGAGAUGCACCUGAUCCAAUAAUAAACACAUGCAAUGGAUUUUAUUGUGAUCAAUUCACUCCAAAUUCCCCAUCGAAACCGAAAAUGUGGACUGAGAACUACAGUGGAUGGUUUAAAUCAUUUGGAUAUCCAAUUCCUCAUCGACCUGUUGAGGACCUUGCUUUUGCCAUUGCACGUUUUUUUGAAACUGGUGGAACUUUUCACAACUACUAGAUGUACUUCGGAGGAACCAAUUUUGGGAGAACAGCUGGAGGUCCUCUUGUUGCAACAAGCUAUGAUUAUGAUGCCCCAAUAGAUGAAUAUGGUUUUAUUAGACAGCCAAAAUGGGGCCACCUACGUGACUUGCACUUGGCAGUAAAACACUGUGAGGAGUGUUUGAUCAGCUCUGAUCCAACUCACCAGCAGCUUGGUCAUAAUUUAGAGGCACAUAUCUACUAUAAAUCCUCCAAUGCGUGUGCUGCUUUCCUUGCUAAUUAUGACGGCAAUCUAGAUGCAAAUGUUACAUUUAAUGGAAAUUUAUACUGCCUUCCAGCUUGGUCCGUAAGCAUCCUUCCAGACUGUAAGAAUGUCAUUUUUAACACAGCAAAGGUUGUGACACACAGAAACUCUGAUGAAAACCCAUUUGCUCAUAAAACUACUGUUAAUAAGUUUCUAUUAUCAGCAUCAUCAUGGAGCUGGUAUGAGGAAAAGCCAGGUGUUUGGGGCAAUAACUCCUUUACAGAGUCGCGUUUAUUAGAGCAGAUUAAUACAACAAAGGACAUUAGUGAUUACCUAUGGUACACAACAAGUAUAAAUAUCAUGUCUGAUCAAUCAAAAGAGGCGUUCUUGCUUAUUGAAAGUUUGGGACAUGCAGCACUUGUUUUUGUCAACAAAAGGCUUGUAGCAUUUGGAUAUGGGAAUCAUGAUGAUGCAAGCUUUUCAAUAAACGAGAAAAUUAGCCUUGUUGAGGGAAAUAAUACACUGGAUGUGUUGAGCAUGAUGGUUGGUCUGCAGAACUUUGGGCCAUGGUUCGAUGUUCAAGGGGCAGGAAUUUUUGCUGUGGUUCUUGUUGACCCAUGGAAUGACAAAUAUGAUGUUUCUCCUGGAGAAUGGACAUAUCAGAUCAUGAUCCAUUUUCCUUCAGCAUUUUCGAAUUCAUCACUGAAGAAGGUGGGACUUGAGGGAGAGUACCUUGGACUAGAUAAAGUAAGUCUUGCAAAUAGUUCGCUGUGGAAAAAGGGCAGUAUUCCACCUGUUAACCAGACUUUGAUAUGGUACAAGGUUAUUUUCCUUGCUCCUGAAGGAAAGGGUCCUUUAGCCUUGAAUCUCACUUGCAUGGGGAAGGGUCAAGCUUGGAUCAAUGGACAGAGCAUAGGGCGAUACUGGCCUGCCUAUCUCUCACCAUCUGAAGGUUGUAACAAGACUUGUGAUUACAGAGGAGAAUAUGAUCCCACAAAAUGUCAAAAGAAUUGUGGCCAGCCUGCUCAGACAUUAUAUCAUAUCCCGCGCUCUUGGAUACAACCUGGUGAGAACCUAUUAGUCCUUCAUGAAGAGCUUGGUGGUGACCCUACAAAGAUUUCUGUGCUGACACGAACUGGCCAAGAGAUCUGUUCAUUUAUAUCUGAGAAAGAUCCUCAGCCAGCUGAUUCUUGGAAACCAAAUUUAGGCUUCGUCCCUCAAAGUCCUGAAGCUCGACUGAGCUGUGAACAAGGAUGGCGCAUUACUUCAAUUAACUUUGCCAGUUUUGGAUCUCCACAAGGAAAUUGUGGUGCAUUUAGGACAGGGAUUUGUCACAAAGACAUACUAUCAACGGUUCAGAAGGCUUGCAUUGGUCAGGAGAAGUGCUCGAUACCCGUUUCCACAGCUAACCUUGGUGACCCUUGCGCUGGUGUGCUGAAAACCCUUGCAAUUGAAGCUAUAUGCAGCGACUAAAAAUCCAAUUCUUAUUGCAAGGAU